UGGGGGAGGGGGGUCUUCAUGAAUUGACCAUGUUUUUGAUUUAUGCAUUGCUUGGUUUGUAUUGAGUUUACAACCUUUACCUACCAAAGUUGUUCCUUCAGCCUCUUUUUCCAUCCCUGUAUUGCUUCCUUUCUUACCUUUGCAGAGGUUGUUCAACCUUGUUUUUGAUCUCUGUAUUGCUUGCUUUCAUUACCUUUCCUUCUUUCAGAACAAACACCAUGGAUGUAUUUGGGAUCUUUAUCUCUCCAUUCAUACAAGCUAUGGUUGAUAAAUUGUCCUCUUAUUUUAACAACUUAGUGAGCACAGCGGACGUCGGCGCUGGCAUCCAGAAUCUGAAGAAGGCAUUAGAGGAUUUAGAGACUCUGUUGGCUGAUGCAGAGAACAGACAGACAGACCGCAAGGAUAUCAAAAAGUGGCUUGAAGAAGUUUACCAUUUGGCUUACGAUGCAGAUGACUUACUGGAUGAUUUUGCCACUGAAGCUCUCGAAAGGAAGCUAAUGGCGGAGGAGACGACGAUGGAAACAAGACCAGCUAAGUUUCUACGCCUCUCUUCUAUGGUUCCAUUCAAUUUAAAAAAUGGGUCUAAGCUAAAUGAGAUUACUAGUCAAUUACAAGAAGUUGCUACGAAAGGAAAAGAUCUUGGUUUAGAUAAAAGACUUGUUGGGAGGAUGUCUACAGAUUUACGGCAGAGAUCACAAACUACAUGUUUGAAGGAGCCUCACAUUCAUGGCAGAGAUGAAGACAUCAAGCAAAUUAUCGAAUUGUUACUUGGGGAUGCACCUACUGGAAAAAUUUUUGAUGUAAUUCCUAUUGUAGGAAUGGGUGGGAUCGGCAAGACUACACUAGCUCAGCACAUUUACAAUGACGACCGACUGGAAAAUCAUUUCAAUCUAAAAGCAUGGGUAUGUGUAUCUGAUGACUUUGAAGUUAUGAGAAUAACAAAGGCAAUUCUCGAGUCGUUCACUCACGGUUCAUGUAAUCUAAGUAACUUAAAUGAGGUUCAAGUUCAACUUCGCAAAACUUUGGCAGGGAAAAAGUUUUUGCUUGUGCUAGAUGAUGUGUGGGACUAUGGACGUGAUGGGUGGAAUUUGUUACGAUUGCCAUUUGGAGCUGGAGCACCUGGAAGUAAAAUCAUUGUGACAACGCGAGACAGUGGUGUUGCAAAGCAGAUGGGAAUGGAUAAAUAUCACAAUUUGCACGAGUUAUCAUAUGACGAUUGUUGGUUAAUCUUUGCCCAACAUGCAUUUGAGAACAGAAAUAUCAUGGAAUGCCCAGAAUUGGUAUUAAUUGGUAAGAAAAUUGUUGAGAACAGGUGCAGAGGCUUACCCUUGGCAGCAAGGGCCCUUGGCGGCUUAUUAUGCUGUAAACAAGAAGAACAUGAAUGGAAAGAUAUACUAAACAGCAAAAUAUGGGAUGAGAAAAGUGGCAUUCUCACAGCAUUGAAAUUGAGCUACCUUCAUCUCCCUAUCCAUUUGAAGAGGUGCUUUUCCUACUGUGCAAUUAUCCCAAAGGACUACGAAUUCAUGGAGAAGAAAUUAGUCUUGCUAUGGAUGGCUGAAGGUUUAAUUGAGCAACCAAAAUGUGGAGACCAAAUGGAAGAUUUAGGCCGCGAGUAUUUUCACGAAUUGGUGUCAAGAUCAUUUUUUCAACCUUCAAGUGGUAACAAAUCGCAAUUCAUAAUGCAUGACCUCAUCAAUGAUUUGGCUCAAGAUGUUGCAGGGGACAAAUGUUUUAGGUUGGAAAAUAAUUUAGAGGGUGGCAGGCAGGACAAGAUUUCGGACAAAGCACGCCAUGCAUCUUAUGUUGCUAGCUAUCAUGAUGGAAUCAAAAAAUUUAAAGCUUUCGAUGAUGCCAAAUGCUUACGAACAUUCUUAGAAUUUUUGCCAAAACAACAUUUUCACUCAGUAACGAGGUACUUGACACAUGAUUUGUUGCCAAAGUUAAAAUGCUUACGUGAGGUGCGUUUGUGUGGUAUUGGUAUAAUUGAACUACCAGAUUCCAUUGGAGAUCUAAAGCAUUUGCGGUAUCUUGAUGUAUCCGGUUCUGGGAUUAGAAGGUUACCUGACACAGUGGUAACUCUCUACAAUUUACAAGUCAUGUUUUUGAGAUUUUGUCAUCAACUUCAGAAGUUGCCUCUAAGCAUGGGGAGGCUGGUGAACUUGAGACAUUUUGACAUGACUGGCAUGCAUAUUCCAUCAUCAGAAGAGAUGUCGCUACAUAUAGGUAAAUUAAUUAAUCUCCAAACAUUGUCAAAUUUUAUGGUGGGUAAAGAUUGUGGGCGUAAAAUAGGAGAGUUGAAAAAUCUAUCACACAUUCAAGGGGCAAUACGCAUAUCAAGACUAGAGAAUAUCAGUGGUGUUAAGGAUGCAAGGGAUGCCAAUUUAAUGUCUAAGGAGGAGUUGAAAGAGUUAUCACUAGAAUGGGAUGAAUCUCAUAGUUCACAGAAUGACAUAGUUGAGAGGAAUGUGCUUGACGUGAUGAGACCUUUCAAAUUGUUGGAGCGACUCACCAUCAGUGGGUAUCACAGUACAAAAUUUCCAAACUGGGUUGGAGAUGUUUCGUUCUCCAAAAUGGUGUUCAUGCGAUUGAAAGGUAGCAAAUGUUGCACAUCUUUGCCACCACUUGGACAACUACCCUUGCUUAAAGACCUUUACAUUGAAGGAAUGAGUGCAAUAAAGCACCUGGGUUGUGAGUUCUAUGGGCAGCAGUGUGGUGCCAAACCUUUCCGCUCUCUAGAGAGAUUGAGCUUUAUGUUUAUGCCAGAAUGGGAGGAUUGGUCUGCUCUUGAAACAGAGGGAGUUCAGCCGUUCGGUCAUCUCAAUGAGCUUUCCAUCAUAAAUUGUCCCAAACUUGUUGGAAGAUUACCAAAUGAUCUUCCUUGUCUGAAUUCUCUCAAAAUUGAUGGUUGCCCGCAGUUGUUGAUUGAUGUUUCGAGCCUCGUUCACCCAUCACUUGCGUCCUUGUCAAUGAACAAUGUUAUGCUCCCAAGCCUUCCAGCACUCUCAGGGACGAAGAACACGAUUGAACUUGGUUCCCUCACCAUGGAUAUUAGACAUGUUACAGUUCUCGACUCCCUCUGCAAUCCAAGCACAACUGAUGAAGAGUUACUGGCUAAUGAAAUGUCUAAGCAUUUGCCUUCAAUAACUGCUUUGAGCAUUUCUCAUGUUGAAAAACUAGCGUUCCUACCGGCAUGGUUUACUCGAGAUUUGACGAGACUCAAGAACUUGGACAUUCAUAACUGCCAAGAACUCAUAACAUUGUGGCGGAAUAAGAUGAGAAUACAAGUAUGUCUCCCUUCCCUCUGCCAUUUGAAAAUUUCUUAUUGCCCCAAACUGGUUUGCUUGUUUGAAGAAGAGCAAGAAAAAGGAGGAGAAGGUUCGAAAAAGCAGCAACAUGAGGGGCUGCCUUGCAUGACGAGACUCGAGUAUUUAACAAUUAAUUGGUGUGGAAUGCUGAAGAAACUGCCACAAGAUAUGCACACAUACACAUCUCUUGGGAUGCUUAGAAUCCACGCUUGCGCAAGUCUGAUCUCUUUUCCGAUGAAGGGUUUGCCAUCUAUGCUGAGAGAACUUGCGGUUUCAGGGUGUGAUGCUUUGAAGUCCCUACCCGAGUUGAUGACACUCAAUAAUCUGCAAGAGUUGAUGGUUUCUGACUGUGCAUCACUCACAUAUUUAUUGUCAAGAGGUGGGCUACCAUCCACACUAAAACAACUUCUGAUUAAUUGGUGUAAAAAUCUGGAGUCACUUUUCGCAGAGGAAGGGAUCAAAAUUGAUUGUCCAUCUCUUGAAAAUAUUGAAAUUACGGAUUGCAGCAGUCUCAAAUCUUUACCUGAAGCCAAUAAUCUCAGGAAUCUCAGUAAAUUGCAGAUAAGCUGGUGUCAUAAUCUGGAGCCCCUGUCACUUACUUGGUGGUCGUGAUGAGAACAACAACAUCAACCAACUCACUUCACUUCAAAAGCUGCGGUUAGUUGAUUGCAGAGCAGAAAUGGUCUCCAACUUUGUCAAGGAAGGGAGUUUCCCCACCAACAUCACUUCACUUGAAAUAGGGAGUCUCAGAGUGGACGACUUCGGUCAACUUCCAUCUCCAUUAGAGUGGGGUUUGCACAAACUCUCUUCUCUUACAGCACUCCAACUUCAUGGCCAAGAGUGGCCGUGGGAAGAUACGGUGUCCUUUCCAGAAGAAGAGAUGUUCCUGCCCACCUCUCUCGUCACUUUGAGUAUCCGUCACUUCCGAAAUCUGGAAAGACUCUCUUAUGAGGAGUUUCAAAACCUCACCUCUCUCCAAAGACUUGACAUCCAGGGUUGCCCUAGGCUCGCGUCCUUUCCAAAGGAAGGGUUGCCUCCCUCUCUUUUGUAUCUACAGAUCUAUUCCUGCCCUGAGCUUGUGACCUUUCCAGAACAAGGAUUCCCUCCCUCGCUUUUGUCACUGACUAUCGGGGAACGUAAUCCAAUACUGAAACAGAAGUGUGAAAAGGGGAAAGAAUAUUGGCCCAUCAUCCAACACAUUCCUCAAGUAGUUUUCGAGUGAGUUAUUAAGCAGCCAACUGCAAGGUACAAACAAACCAAACCAAACCAAACCCCACCAAGUCUUUUAACUCCGAUCAAACGGGUCAGCCUUAAGUUCCUGCAAGGUGUCAAUGGAAAAAUUGCCCUAUUCAUUAUUACCGCCACUAGCAAUCUUUACACAUUUCUACAAGAUAUUAGGGUCUUGCUCUAAAUGAAUAGCUAGCAGGUUGAAGAAUCUUAUUAUCCUUAAAAGACAACAAUGCUUCUCUCCCAAACCGUAUCAAUGACAAUCUCUAAAGAUGUUGAGCUCAUCCAUCAUCCAAAAUCUUAGCCACUAUGUUCACGGUCUUCCAUGCUCACCUAUGGAUGACAAUCAAAAUCUACUCUGUAGGGCUUUGUUGUUGUUGUUGAAACAAACUUUAGGAUGUACGCAUGCUCAUCAUCUAAACUGCAUUGCCAGUUUUUGCACUUGUUCUCAAGGUAGCUUUUGAGGAUGCUUGAGACUCUGCACAAGAAUUUGGAGGUUUGUUAUGGGAAGACUCAAAAAAAAAUGGUAGUGCAGGCUGAAAUAUCCAUGCACAUCUGAGAAUUCCCUUGUCAUCGAAGGCAAUAGAUUUUGUGUGCAAUCUGCAAGAAAGGAUUUGAAUGUCUGGUCUGUGAUGAUUUGGAAAGUUAGAUGGAUUCCAUGUUGAUGCUAAAGUUUGCUCUCUUGUUGAUAAAAGCACUAGUGUCUGGAAUGGAAUGAAGCUCUCAUUAGAUAAUGUUUUUUUGUAUUUUGAAGCUGAGUUGAUAUGUAAAAUCCCUUUUUGCCCAAGGCUUGCUGAUGACAUACUGGUUUGACACUUUACUAAAAAUGGCCUUCUUUUUUCUAUUAAUCUGCAUAUCAUUUGGAGAUGGAUUUGCAAAGAAGAGAAAAACAGGUCAGUUCUUCAGAUGGUGCGAGUUUUCAAAGUGCAUUUGGGAAGAAGAUUUGGCCGCUGAAAAUUCUGAAUAAAGUAUAAUCUUCAUAUGGAAAAUCUGUUCGAAUAUCCUUCAUGUUCAGUGAAACUUGAGUAGCUACAAAGUAAUUCAAUUUGAUGACUGCUAACUUGUUCAUUAGCGGAAAAUUAGUACUGUUUUUGGUGGUGUGAGUCAGCUUACAAUGUGAUUGACAAUGUUAGCAUUGUAAUCCUUCACAUUCUUCAUUUGUAGGUGUGGUUAGGUGGCUGAUUUUUUUAGAACUUAACUUCCUUCUUUUUUGUGCCACAUGGCCUAAUUGAGUUUUCAAAUGUUAUUCACUUUUCAAGAUCAUUCUUGACA